AUGCCAGGCAUGCCCACGAGGAUGGAGAUGAUCAAGGCUUUGGAACUCAGUGCGCGAGUAUUCGGUCAAAUGCGACAACAGAGUCUGGAAGCUCACAAAGCUGCCGACAUUUUGGAAAUGCUCGUCAGGAAGUUCAAGGCCGAGGAUCUUGAAGGCGUGCGGUGCCUGACGGACAUGCAAUGCGUACCCAGCACUGAGUCUCACGAAAUAGCUUUGGGAUCGGAAGACCCGACUCACAUGGCGACCAACAUUCGAUGCACGGUCGACAACGACUCGGACGAGGACGCGGCCGAACUGACCAGUGUCGUCCUGGCCCAACACUUUGGGCUCGGAGAAGGCCCAGCCCCUGAGACCCAGGACCAUUGGUUGAAUGCGAACAAGUACUAA